AUGACAGGACAACAACCGGAAGUGCCAAUCGGCAUGCAAAGGCUAAGUUGUUUGCCAUGCAGAAAGAGAAAAUCAAAAUGCGAUCGAACUGAACCAUGCUCUUCGUGUGUAUUGCGGAAUACGGAACGAUUUUGUUAUACAGGAGAAGUGAUGGAAGACGAUGCAGUUAGUAAAUCUAGUCAAACUAGAAAGGAAGAAAAAGGAAAUCAGGCCAGAAGUGCAAAUCAGGCACUACCGCCAAGUCAAAGGCCAAACAAGAUACGGAAAAAGACAGAUUCAACAGAAGCUGAAGCAAAAAGCUCGACUACCAAUGGUGGCAACAAACGCUCAACUACAUCCACUGCAGACAAAAAGGAAAGCGAUUUUGACCGCUCAACAGUCUUAUCUGCUAUUCAAUCUGUCAAAGCAACGUUGAGUGGACUGGAGGCGCAAUUGGGGAGAACGGACAUGGUGGAUGUAGUUGCUGAUCGAGUGAAUGCGUUUGUUCGUUGGGAUGAAAUCAGUGCUUGGCUACCUCCUCGUGAAGAAGCGGAAAGCAUUUUGGAUUGCUACUUUGUCGAAGUAACUUGGUUCUUAUCAGCAAUCAAUUCGAAAAUGUAUAUGGAAAUGUGGAAGAAUUUCGCAGAUGGAAAGCCAGUCCCGAGAACGUUUGCUGCUCUGACACUGUUUGUGAUUGGCAAUACUCUUUGUUUAGCACCAGCAUCACAUCCUGUCUCACGUUUGCCGUACAGCAAAGAUCAUAAGCUUUUCAUGGAGCAUGGAUAUAGGGUAUUAUUACCUAGUGACAGUCCUUUCACAAUCAUACCCCAAGGACCGGAUCUAGUACAAGCCCAACUUUAUCUCGCCUUCUACUUAUCUCACAACGGAUGGCCAGACUCGUGUGAUAUUGAGAUGGGCAAGCUAUUACGAUAUGCACGUGCAAUCCAUCUUUUUGAUGAGGACAAAUGGAAUCUACCGGCUAUGAAUGAUUGGGAGAUCGAAUUGCGAAGGAGAAUGGCAUUGGAUAUUGAAAUGCUGGACAGGUUCCUAUCAGUUCAUUUCUUAAGAACUCCCACAUUACCUGAACGAUCCAAUUUCCAGCAUGGCGCUUACUAUACGGAUGAAUGCUACGAUACCAAAACUGGCAAAUUGGUCGGCGGUACUAUGGAUGUCUUAUCAUCAUUCCCUUUUCACUUAAGAAAGAGUUCAAUUUCCCUUUGUGCUCACAAAACGUCAUUGUUUCUACUAAACUUCCUACGCCUUUCGCCUGCAGAACGAUACCAAGCUGCAAGGGAUUUGGAUAGGGAAAUUCAACUUACGGCAGAGCAAGCGUUAAGUGGGGAUUUAAAGUACGAAGACGCUUGUAAUCUCAGUACGAUGAACUCGCCAGGCUCGAUUCGAAGAGCGUGUCAAUCGCUGAUCCUUUAUACAUCAUUCAAAAGGCAAAGGUGUACGAUCACUCGACAAUUCUUGUUGGAUUCUGACGCUCCUGUCGAAUUGAGAGUGUCUGCUUUGGAACAUGCAAAAUGUAUUAUCGAAGCAGUUCCGAGCAUCAUAAGCCUCGCUACUAGCCCUUAUCUGGCAUAUAGCCCUUCUUGGACUUCAGGUCAUUUAUUCUGUGCUGCUUCGACGUUUGCGAUUGUCUAUUUGGGAGAAGAAGAACAAAAGGAAACCAGUGCGGAGCUGGAUUGGUUUGCAGGCAAGAUCUUCGAGGUUCUAGAUGCGCUCUCGGUGUUGAGUUUGAAGGAUCGUGUCGCACAAAGAUGUGAAGAGUUAUUAAUCGCUUUAUGCACAAGCAGAGAUACUCUGAGGGCUAAAUUCACAGCUUCAAAGACGGGAAAGAGACAACAAGUUCGACUGCGAGAAAGGGAAAGUAUGGCAAAGCAGAGAGAACAAUUCGAAUCGAGCGUAAAUACUGAGCAUUCACGGAAAGCACAUAAGGAGACUUGGCCGGGAUUUAGAAGUUUGAUGCCAGAAGAGGGUACGGGUCAUAUUCCUCCUGGCGUUGCUCAUGUAGCGGAUGCACCAAAUCGAUCACCAGCGUAUCUGAAAAAGUUGUCCAAAGCCGGAACGCCUUCUUCGACAAAGAGCAAUACCAGCUAUAGUGCGAAUCGAAAUAAUGCACUCUCUAACGAUCCUAUGAACGCUUCGAGUGCCUCCUUUUUCUCUUCACCAGAACAAAUUCCAGGACAAACAAAUACAUCUGGUAAUCAUUCGAGCGAUAGCAGGAACAAUAGCAUAGCUGAAGAAACGCCAGAAUCGGGAGAAUGGUGGCCAGCAUUGAAUGAUGGUCAAUGGAAUGCAUUGAUAAAUUCAUUGGGAGGUGAUUGGGAUUCCUUGGCUGCUAAUAAUAAUAAUGCAAACAAUUUAAACGUAAACAACAAUCAAAAUUAUGUAUCAUCUGAAGCCGUUCAACAAAAUGGAAUUCAACCUGGAAAUUCGGAUUAUUUCACUUCUCUUCAUGCAAGUAUGUUGCCCACAAUGCCAAUCUGA